CCGCCGCCCUGACGUCAUCGCGUUGGUUCCGGUCCUCGCGGCUCCGACACACUCCGUCCCGGUCCCCGGCCGCCGGCGGUCGGUCCUCCCAGCGUCCCUUCUUGAACGCCCCGCCCCUCCCCUCGAUUCUCGUCAGUCUGGCCCCGCCCACUUCCGGGUUUUCUGCUGGCGGAGGUGACGGACCUGGCAGCUCCUGGGGAGCUGAGCCUUAGCCUGGAGCCGUCCCUUCGCAGACACCCUCCCCCUCCUCCGCCACCGCCAUGAAGGAGAGGGAGACGCCGGGCGCGGGCUCCAAGCGGGCGGCAGCAGACCCACCACCUGGGCCUCCCGAGAAAUCAGCCAACCUGGAGGAGUCGGCGGGGAGCUCGGGGGCCAAGGUGGAGACCAUCAAACUGGGGAGCGACAGUUCCACGGAGGAGCUUGACAUCCGGACACUGCAGAGCAAAAACCGGAAGCUCGCUGAGGUGAUCGAUCAGCGACAGACCAUCGAGGAUGAGCUGAGGGAACAGAUCGAGAAGCUGGUGAAACGGCAAGCCACAGAUGAUGCCACCCUCCUCAUUCUGAACCGCUACUGGUGCCAGUUUGAUGAGAACGUGCGGAUUAUCCUGCAGCGUUGGGAUCUGGAGCAAGAGCAGGAAAGCCGGGAUGUACUGUCUGAGAAGAAGAUGUUGGUGGUAUCUGACCCUGAGCCUGAUUCUGAUAGCAACCAGGAACGGGACCGUCGUGAGGAGAGAGAGAAAGCGUGCAGGGAGGGCCAGAGUGAGAGCGCGUUGCCAUUCCUGGCCAUGUUGGCCAGCAGCACCAGCGAGGAGAUGGAACUCCAGCUCCAGGAUCGGGUCGCCUAUUCCCGCCAGGCCGUAUCCAGCACCGCUGAUGUCUUCGAGAAGCUCCGCCUCCGGAUUGACCAGCUGGCCGAGUGGGUCACCAGCAACGGUUCACCCCUGCUGGAGGAUGCCCUGAGGGAGUUGAACUCGCUCCUGUCGAAGGAGAAUCAGAGGUUGCUGGAGCUGACAGACUGCCUGCGAGAGAAGCAUCACAAGAUGUCACAAGAGUUCUCGGAGCUCCAGGGGAAGUUGGAGGAGGCAGAGAGUCGCCUGUCGGACAUGCAGACCACCAUCGAGGACCUGCAGUGGGACACUGACAAGAUUCGCAAACGGGAGCAAAGACUCAACAGGCACCUGGCAGAGGUGCUGGAGAGGGUCAAAUCGAAAGGUUACAAAGUUUACGGAGGAUCGAGUAAUCUGUACGGGGGGACUGUCACCAUCAACGCCAGGAAGUUUGAAGAGAUGAACUGUGACCUGGAAGAGAAUAAGGAGUUGGCCUUGAACCGUCUCUCGGAGCUGGAGAAGAUGCGGCAGGAUCUCCAGAUGGUUACCGUGGACAACGAGAAGCUGAGGGACCAGUUGAAGUCGCUUGCCAAUGAGAUGGUGAAGGAUUCCCCGGAGUUCCGGUGCCUGCAGUCUCAGUUCUCCGUACUGUAUAAUGAGAGCCUGCAGCUCAAGGCCCAGAUGGACGAUGCCCGCAGCCUGCUCUUCACCACCCGCACCACCCACCAACGCCAAGUGGAGCAGAUGGAGGGCGAUGAGGUGGGCCUACAGAAGAAGCUGCGCACUGAGGUGAUGCAGCUGGAGGAUACCCUGGCCCAGGUCCGCAAGGAAUACGAGAUGCUGCGGAUAGAGUUCGAGCAAACCCUCGCUGCCAACGAGCAGGCGGGGCCCAUCAACCGGGAGAUGCGUCACCUGAUCAGCAGCCUGCAGAACCACAACCACCAGCUGAAGGGCGACGUGCAGCGUUACAAACGGAGGCUGCGAGACAGCCACACGGAGCUGGCCAAGGUGCGGCGGAAAGUCUGGGAGACCCACAGCGAGCUGGGCCUGGUCCGGUCGCGGGGAUCCAGCGGGUCGCAACCGCAGGCCGGAGGCACUGAGCAGGUCAAAGAGGAGGCGCCAGACAUCAAGCAGGAGCCCGAGGACAGCAGCAGCAAGAGGGAGAAAGAGGAGGCCGAGGCUGCCAAGCAACGCAGACAGCAGCAGCAGCAGGAAGAGGAGAAGGAGAAGGAGAAAGAAAAAGAGAGAGAGCGGGAGAAGCGCGAGAAGGAGAGAGAACGGGCCAGGGAGAAGGGGAGGGAGAAGGACACCGAGAAAGAUCGGGACAAGGACAAGGCAGACAAGGAGAGAGACAGGAGCAAACCAGAGGACACCAAGAAAAAGGAGGCGGAGAUGGUCAAACAGCUUCGAGGCGAACUCAAGAGAGCGCAGGAGAGUCAGAAGGAGAUGAAACUCCUGUUGGACAUGUACCGCUCAUCGCCAAAGGAGCAGCGGGACAAAGUUCAGCUGAUGGCAUCGGAGAAGAGGGCGAAGGCAGAGCUAGAGAGCCUGAGGCAGAGGUUAAAGGAGCUGGAGGAGAAGGAGAGACACGAGGGCAAGAAGAUGGCGGAUGUGGAGGCUCUGCGUCGGAUGAAGCUGGUGGAUGAACAAAUGGAGCACAUGCUGAAAAAGGUCGCCAUGGCGAAGCAGGAGGAGGAAGCUCUCCUGUCGGAGAUGGAUGUGACUGGCCAGGCGUUUGAGGACAUGCAGGAACAGAACAUCCGGCUGAUGCAGCAGCUUCGAGAAAAGGACGACGCGAACUUCAAGCUGAUGUCUGAGCGAAUCAAAUCCAACCAGAUCCACAAACUGCUGAAGGAGGAGAAGGAGGAGCUGGGAGACCAGCUGCUGACCUUAAAAACACAGGUUGACGCCCAGCUCCAGGUAGUGAAGAAGUUGGAAGAGAAGGAGCAGUUGCUGCAGACGAACCUGACGGCCAUGGAGAAGGAGCUCUCCCUGCGGACCCAGACCCUGGACAUGCACAAGCGCAAGGCGGUGGAGGCUGCCCAGUUAGCUGAAGACCUGAAGUUGCAGCUGGAAACUGAUCAGAAGAAACUCUCUGAGGUUCAGAACGAUAUCAUCGAGGGCAGUGUGGCCCGAGAGAAGGAAACGUUCAACUACAAGCGAGCACAGGAGGACAUCUCGAAGCUGCGUCGGAAGCUGGAACGACAGAAGAAGCCGGAAAUGUUCACCAACUGCGAUGAGAUCCUCAUGGAGGAGAUCAAAGACUACAAGGCGAAGCUGACCUGCCCGUGCUGUAACAUGAGGAAGAAGGAUGCCGUGCUGACCAAGUGUUUCCACGUUUUCUGCUUCGAGUGCGUCAAGACCCGUUAUGACACGCGCCAACGCAAGUGCCCCAAGUGUAACGCUGCCUUCGGUGCCAACGAUUUUCACCGGAUCUACAUUGGCUGAGGGACCCCCGCCCCGCCACCCCAUCUCUCCCCCAGCAUCCCCUGAGCUGAGGAGUGGGUGGAUGGGUUUAUAACGGGGACGCUCUCCCUGAAGGUCCUCUUUCCCUUCCCAGCAGCCCCUCCUUCCUCCCACCACAGUCUGCCAGUGAAGUUUGCGGAGUCUGGGGCUGAGUGCGAGGGGUAACGGUUGUAGUUAUUUUUUUUUCUCUCUGUUACAAGUGUUAACGUUGGGAAUAAACAUGUGGCGUGAGGG